CAACGGACGGGGCGCUGAAAAGUCAGCGAUAAAAUGACUUUCGGCGGUUUUAUUAUGAUAACUCGCUUUGGUUAAUUUUCUCACAGCCCUGGCCGCGUGUUUGUGCGCUGGCGGCCGGUUGUAGAUCACUUUUGUCCCGUUUCGUGGGGGUUUUAGCCAUGGGCUCUUUUAUUCAGUUAGCCGCGUAGCUUUUAUUUAGCUGAUAUAUUUUCAUCACUUUUCAUCAAACGGAAAUUUGGGGAACUUCCUCAGCCAAAGCGUUUAACAAGAGAAGCGAUGCGCAACUACUUGAAGGAGAGAGGAGAUCAAACGGUUCUGAUACUACAUGCAAAAGUCGCACAGAAAUCAUAUGGAAAUGAGAAAAGAUUCUUUUGCCCUCCACCAUGUGUGUACCUGAUGGGCUGUGGCUGGAAGAAAAAGAAGGAGCAGAUGGAACGGGAGGGCUGUACAGAGCAGGAAUCUCAGCCUUGUGCCUUUAUUGGUAUUGGAAACAGUGAACAAGAGAUGCAGCAACUCAAUUUGGAGGGCAAGAACUUUUGUACAGCAAAAACGUUAUACAUUUCGGACUCGGACAAACGGAAGCACUUCAUGCUGUCAGUUAAGAUGUUCUAUGGGAAUAGCGCGGACAUCGGAGUCUUCCUCAGCAAACGUAUCAAAGUCAUCUCCAAACCUUCCAAAAAGAAACAGUCGCUGAAGAACGCAGAUUUGUGCAUAGCUUCUGGGACAAAGGUGGCUCUUUUUAACCGCUUGCGGUCUCAAACUGUCAGUACGCGGUACCUUCAUGUGGAAGGGGGAAACUUCCAUGCCAGCUCACAACAGUGGGGAGCCUUUUACAUUCAUCUAUUGGACGAUGAUGAGUCAGAGGGUGAAGAGUUUACAGUCAGAGAUGGUUAUAUCCAUUAUGGCCAGACGGUUAAGCUGGUGUGCUCGGUCACGGGCAUGGCUCUACCACGACUGGUUAUUCGUAAGGUGGAUAAGCAGACAGCACUAAUGGAUGCCGAUGAUCCUGUGUCCCAAUUACAUAAAUGUGCCUUCUACCUUAAAGACACAGAGCGGAUGUACCUCUGCCUUUCGCAGGAAAGGAUAAUACAGUUCCAGGCCACACCAUGUCCGAAAGAAACCAAUAAAGAAAUGAUCAAUGAUGGGGCGUCUUGGACAAUCAUCAGCACAGACAAAGCGGAGUACACAUUUUAUGAGGGUAUGGGCCCUGUGCCUUCACCAGUCACACCUGUGCCUGUCGUCGAGAGUUUACAGCUGAAUGGGGGAGGAGAUGUUGCUAUGCUGGAGCUGACAGGCCAAAACUUCACACCUAACCUCAGGGUAUGGUUUGGAGACGUGGAGGCAGACACUAUGUACAGGUGUGACGAAAGCGUGCUCUGCGUGGUCCCGGACAUCUCUGCGUUCCGCGAAGGGUGGCGUUGGGUCCGACAGCCGGUGCAGGUUCCAGUAACUCUGGUCCGUAACGACGGCAUCAUCUACUCCACGGCUUUGACUUUUACCUACACGCCAGAGCCCGGACCACGACCACACUGCAGCGCUGCCGGAGCCAUACUGCGAGCCAACAGCAACUCCUCCACCUCACCAUCUUCCAGCCUGCUGCUGCAGUCAGCCGUCGACAGUCAGGCGGUAUACGCCGCAGCCGGGAGCGUGUCUUCGUCUUCAUCCUCUUCCUCGGCUAUGUCCGUAUCCUAACCUGGAAGUAUUAAUCUCGCGCCUUUGUAUGUUUAAGCGCAGCAUUUUAGACUCUCCAGCGAAGAUGAUCAGGAUUAGGAUCACAAACAAUUGAUACUUGGUGCCACAGAGAGAGGAUCAAAGGAUGGACGGAAAAGACAGCAUCUUCUUUCUGAUCUCUCUCUGGGUUGCGGUUCUUUUUCUCCUGUUUGAGGACGUGGCGACAGAACUGAUGAGUGCCGUGGAUUAACAUGCCGCAGGAUCAAUGCAUUAGCCUUGCGUGAAAACAAAAACAAUAAAAAAAAAACGUUGUCUUUCAAACGAAGCCAAAAUGGCUUUUGUUUUCUAGUAAAGGGCUAAAUGCACCAGGCUUGGAGGAAGUUAUCAUAGUAAUAUAGUUUUUACAGACCAAGGAAUAUUAUUAUUAUUAUUAUUUUUAUUGAUAUAUAAUUUUAUAAGCUUUAGCCAAGGUACAUUUUUCACAUUUUUCAGUUUUAUAACGUAUAGUAAACUUUUGUUACCAAAUAGUUUUGUAUAUUUCUUGUGAGCAUUUGGGCUCAGAAGGAAACGGUUCAUGCGUUUUGAAAGCCUGAACCGAUAGCUGCCUUUAUAUGUUGGCAAAUGCCUUAAGUCUUCUGGAGUUUUACCAGAUCUUUCUCUCCUUUGCAAUAAUAUUUUAUGUCAUGUAUAUUAUUUUAUUCCUUCUGUUUUUAUUCACUAAACUGAGGUAUAAUAUUGAUGCCAUUUUUGCAUAUUUGGGAGGAAGUGGCUCUUCAUGAUUGCUUCGUAAACUUUUCACAAAUGAAGUCUUUAACACAAAAGCUUUAACUGACGUUGCCGUUCGGCCUUGAGUGCCAUGUCGACCUGUCAUAGCCACAUUGACCUCUGGCUUAUUAUUCUUUGGAGAAUGUUUGGUUCAAAAUCCCUGCGUAUUGCUUUUUACGUAGCAAUUUUUAAAGCAUAUGGUAGGUUAGGUCAGUACUGCUCUCAUUUGCAUAUCACUCUUGCCUUCAGUGUCAUAUCUAGAAUCGUACUAAAAUCAACUUGUAGGGAUAACUGCAGCUUUGCUUUCAUAUAGUUCAGUGGAUAAAAUGAAUACUUGAUGCAUACCUGAUGUCAUUUUGAGACAUCUUUUUUUAUAGCCCCAGCAGUUUCCACUCACGUUGAUUCAUACAAAGAUGUGGAUCUGAUGAAAAGUGUAAUUGUUGCUUAUCAAUGCCACCAAGACCUUUAUUACUGAAUGCAAUACAGAGGCUCCUGCGUAACUGCUGGUGUCCGUACGAACAAAGAUUCAUAGAAUUGUGGAAAAGUUAAUACUGGGAUGCCGAAACAAGGAAUUUGGAAGCUGCCCUUACUGAUAUGCAAGUAUAGCAUGUGGUUCUUUCAGUGCUUUAUCAACAUCAAACUGAAAGGAAACAACCGGAAAAAGCACUUAUCGCAUUACGGCGUAAAGAUGUUCGGUUUGUAGCUUAAAGGAGAAACGCAAUCGGUGUCGUACCGGUCCUAGUGACACUAGUGAGCUAUAUCAUUGUGAUGUCAUCUUUUAACUUUACAAACCUGUUUAAAAAUGUGUACCAAAUGUUUUCCCCGAUUGCUGUAGUCUAAAGCGAACUGAAAAUGAGGCCUUAAACCACUACUGGUUAAUUUUUAUAGGAUCUUGUGGUAAGAUGUAACACUACAAAUUAUGUCCUUUUGUGAAGUGGGCGUGAUCGCUUGUUUCUGCCUUUUAAACGCACACCACAGAGCACAAUCUAUUGUCAUCUCAAAAAGUUGUACUUAAAGGUGCAGUGUGUAAUUUUUAAAAGGAUCUCUUGACAGAAAUGCAAUAUAAUAUACAAAACUACAUUAUCAUGGGUUUAUAAAGACCUUUUUAUAAUCAAUCGUUAUGUUUUUAUUACCUUAGAAUAAGAUGUUUUUAUCUACAUGCACGAGGGUCCCCUUACGUGGAAGUCGCCCUUUUGUGCCACUACGUUUCUACAGAAGCCUUUAACGGACAAACAUUUUUGUCUCCGACGAUGACAUGUUUUUCCGGUUGCGGCUACUGUAGCUUCUCUAUGCGUUUUAAAAGCGAUGGGUGAGCCGUUGGUUGCAAUUCGCAAUCUCACCACUAGAUGCUGCUAAAAUUUACACACUGCACCUUUAACUUUUUAUUUUGUAUUCCUGCUUUUUUUACUGAACACACAUCUCUAUAUGGAUCGCCAUCAUUUUAUUGUGCUCUGGUUUAUGAUUUUAAUCAACACGGAUGGCAUUUUAUGAAUUUGUCAUUGUACAGGAACCGCAAAUGUAGUCACUUAACGGUUUUGGUUUUUAAUUGAUCAGAUCUUCCAUGGCUAAUAUUGAGAAUUCUAAAUCGAAUAUGUUUGUUAAUAUUCUAUUAUGUAAAACGAUGAUAUGUAAUGUUUAUAUGUUAAUAUUAUUAUAAAUUUCUUUCAAGAUUGAGGAACGUCUACCCUAACUUUGUGCAUACUGUGAGCUGUUUUCAGUAGAUUCCUCAAUCAGGGAAGAAUAUCGUGGAGUGUGCGAGCGCUGAAAUUCAAACUGCCAAAUCUCAAAAGGUCAAAUUGUGAAGGUCAUACAUAAUCUUUUCAGUGAGUUUGUUUGUUCAGUGUUAUUUUUUACUUUCAUUUAAUUGUCUUCCAGAAUCUUCUGAACACAGAGGAAGUGAUUAUUUUGGUUCAUUUUAAGACUAACCGUGUUGUUUCAGCAUUUCUGUCACGUUAGUUAGCUUACCUGUCAACCAUGCCACUGCAGAAAGUAGUGCAUUAGAUCACUCUUAUAUUUUCAGUUGUCUGUAGAAGAGAAUAACGGUUCUCAACCAUUACAAUGAUCUGUUUUAUGUUUGAAAGUUACCAGCCUUUGCCAAACGGCUACUAGCCGUUCUGGUAUUGAGUGCAUGUUCUCUAGCAACUGUAUUGGUGCUGUCUAACUCGUAAAGGGCCAGUGUAUCUGUUGCUUUUGAAAUGGAUCACUAAACACUGUAAUAGAUGCAAAAA